AUGCUCAGCUUCCAUGGGAAGUAUGCCAGGGUCACGAGGGUCACGGGAAACUUAAUCUGGAAGUCAGAGAUCCACCUCAUGCGCCGCAUCCAGCCGCCAGAUGGCGAGAUCCUCCGCAACUUCAACGAGCUCUCCCGCGUGGUCCAGGAGAUUGACGAGCAGGACUUCCAGCGGCGUGCGGGAGGAUAUGGAUAUGAUGUCAAUGAUUUUGAUUUACAGCGAUUCUGUGAGAGGGAGUGGCCCGCAUUUCAGGUUGGCUGGCCAGAUGUGGGGUCUGUCGACCUCACGACUGCCUACCGGGUCCAUCAUGUGAUCUAUGGCCGGCCGGGCCACCCUGACCAAAUUCCAUACAUCCAGGUCUGGGUUGACAUCCUGGCCGAAAAACCCCGAUGGCUAAAGACUUGUCUAAGCCAACAAAAACAAUUGGGACAGAGACAGACAGUCCUGUUGGCCACUCCGGGAAAAGGGGAAGUUCAGCCCGUUCUUCAGAGCAACCAGGAGGAGAGUUCCCCGCAGGCAGGGCCCUCGGCCCUCGGCCCUGACGGACAGCCCUUUAUGGUCUACGUCCCUUUUCCCACCAGGGAUCUAUAUAAUUGGAAGAAUCAGAACCCCUCCUUCUCUCAAAAUCCUCAGGGGUUGAUCUCCCUCCUUGAGUCAGUCUUUCUCACCCAUCAGCCGACCUGGGCUGAUUGCCAACUCCUCCUCCAGACCCUGUUUACUUCCGAGGAGAGGGAGCGGAUUAGAGCAGAGGGCCGAAAGUUAGUCCUUGGUCCCGAUGGACAACCCUCUACUGACCCAGGGAGAGUGGAAACUCUCUUCCCAGCGGGGAGACCUCAGUGGGACCCUAAUUCGGGGGGGAGGGAGGCUCUUGACCGGUAUCGCCAGACUCUCCUGAGGGGAAUCCGGGCAGCGGCUCGGAAGCCCACAAACCUGUCAAAGGUGACAGAAACGGUUCAAGGACCAAACGAAAGCCCAGCCGCUUUUCUGGAGAGGCUGUGUGAGGCAUACCGGGUGUACACUCCUAUUGACCCGGAGGCCCCAGAAAACAGGCGGGCUAUUAAUGUAGCAUUUGUGUCCCAGUCGGCCCCAGACAUUAGAAGGAAAUUACAAAAGUUAGAAGGCUUCGAGGGGAAGUCAGUCUCUGAACUGGUAGAGGUUGCUCAAAGGGUUUUUCACAAUCGUGAGGAUCUGACCGCCGGACUGAAUACCAAAAUGAACCGGUGCGCCUACUGCAAGAAGGAGGGACACUGGAAGCGCGAGUGCCCAGAAAAGCCGGGGGCUCGGGCGGCGCCUGUGUUAGGAGAGGAAGCAGAUUGGGGCCGUCAGGGCUCUACCGGCCCCCGAGAGCCCCCGGUUGGGGGCCAAAAAGUGGACCUUCUGGUCGACACCGGCGCCACAUUUUCGGUCUUGCGGUGCCCAGUGGGGCCGGUCUCUGGGGUUAGGACCCCCAUCCAGGGGGCUGCGGGAAGAGUGAAGUCUUACCCUUGGACCAGAGGGCAGAUAACUGACCUAGGAGCAGGGUCAGUGACUCACUCCUUCUUAGUAAUGCCUGAGUGCCCAUACCCCCUAUUGGGCAGAGACUUACUUAACAAACUUCGGGCCACUAUCUCCUUUGAUGAAGGAAAGGGACCCAAAGUUCACCUUCAGGCCCCCGAGGGUGAGGGUAUAUUCCUCCUCACUCUCCCUUUACAAGAGGAAUAUCGGCUACACGAGGAAAUACCCAAGGUUCCUCCAGAGAACCACUUCCUCCAGGAGUUGCGAAAGGCCAUCCCUGGGGUAUGGGCGGAAGAAAACCCGCCUGGACUAGCGAAACAUCGACCUCCCAUUAUAGUCCAGCUCACCAGCAGCGCAACCCCAGUCAGAGUUAGACAAUACCCGAUAAGCCAGAAAGCUAGAGUGGGUAUAGCCAAGCACAUAAAGAGACUGAAGGAAGCGGGGAUCCUAGUCCCCUGCCAGUCAGCAUGGAACACCCCUUUGCUACCUGUCCAGAAGCCAGGAACAGAAGAUUUCAGGCCAGUACAGGACUUAAGGGAGGUCAAUAAGAGAGUAGAGACUAUACACCCUGCAGUGCCCAACCCAUAUACUCUUUUAAGCCUCCUUAAGCCCACUCACCAGUACUAUUCUGUUUUGGACCUAAAGGAUGCCGUUUUCUCCCUCCCGCUGGCACGACAAAGCCAGCCAAUCUUUGCUUUCAAGUGGAUGGACCCCGAGGAAGGGGAGUCGGGCCAGUUAACCUGGACCAGGCUUCCCCAAGGCUUCAAAAAUUCUUCCACCCUAUUUCAUGAGGCUCUUAACCAAGACCUCUGGGACUUUCACCAGGACCACACCGGUAUUACUCUGCUCCAAUAUGUCGAUGACCUUCUCCUGGCGACUGAAAAUGAAGAGGAUUGCAUCCAGGCCACACAGGAUUUGCUGAGGACCCUGGACCAUCUUGGAUACCGUGUCUCUGCUAAAAAGGCCCAGCUCUGCACAACCCGGGUAACGUACCUCGGCUACAACAUAGAAGGAGGUAAGAGAACCCUGUCCCAUAGUAGGAUCCAGGCCAUUCUCUCCAUCCCGACGCCAAAAACCAAGCGGCAGGUGCGGGAGUUCCUGGGAGCUGUCGGGUACUGUAGACUCUGGAUCCUAGGUUUUGCUGAGAUAGCCAAACCCCUUUAUGCAGCCACGGGAGGAAAGGGGCCAGACCUACGGUGGACUGAGGAAGAAGAGGGAGCUUAUCAGAAACUUAAGCAAGCCCUCGUCAGUGCACCCGCACUGGCCCUCCCAGACCUUGCCAAACCGUUCCAGUUAUUUGUGGCGGAGUCCCGUGGGGUGGCGAAAGGGGUGCUAAUGCAAACUUUAGGACCACGGAAACAGCCAGUAGCGUACCUAUCCAAAAGACUGGACCCUGUGGCAUCCGGAUGGCCGAACUACUUAAGGGCAAUUGCGGCAACCACACUGCUCGUGAAAGAGGCUUCCAAAUUAACCUUUGAGCAAGACCUACAGGUAGUGGUGCCUCACGCAGUUGAGUCAUUACUGCGAAGCCCUCCGGAGCGUUGGCUGUCAAAUGCCCGUAUCACGCAGUAUCAGGUUCUUUUACUGAACCCUCCCCGAGUUAGUUUCCUAAAGACUGCUGCCUUGAAUCCAGCCACCUUGUUGCCGGACGAGGGGGCUGAACCUCCCCUACACAACUGUGAGGACACAUUAACAGCCUUAACUUCGCUGCAGGCCGACAUCACUGACCAACCCCUGGACAGUCCGGAGGAAACAGUGUACACAGAUGGAAGCAGUUAUGUAGAAAAUGGUAUCCGGUAUACAGGGGCUGCGGUAGUCACCCAAGAUAGGAUUAUCUGGGCGCAGGCUUUAGGGCAAGGCACGUCUGCCCAGAAGGCAGAGCUAAUUGCCCUGACCCAAGCCCUAAGGUGGGGGAAGAACAAGAAAAUCAAUGUCUAUACGGAGAGCAGAUAUGCUUUUGCCACAGUUCAUGUACAUGGGGCACUGUACCAGGAAUGGGGGCUCUUAACCUCAGGGGGAAAGGACAUCAAAAAUGUACCAGAAAUCCUCAACCUCCUAGCAGCCGUUUGGGGACCCCAGGAAGUAGCAGUAAUUCAUUGCCGAGGACAUCAGAAGGAUGAUUCACCUGUAGCCCAGGGAAACCAAUUUGCAGAUCAAACAGCCAAGGAGGUGGCAAAAAGACCAGUAGGGCCCCUUGAGGUACUACUGGCCAUACCCCCCAGAGAACUGCCACAAAAGCCCACAUAUAACCCUGAGGAAAAGCAUCUUGCCGAGAGGCUGAGGGCUAAGGACGCCCCCAGCGGCUGGCUGGUCCUCCCGGAUGGGCGGCCUCUAGUGCCAGAGGUCUUAGGACGCACUAUCACCAUGCAGACCCACCAGAGCACUCACCUAGGGGGAACCAAGUUGGCAGAGUUACUAAAAGGGGAAUAUUAUAUCCCUGGACUGCACAAAAUCUCUAAGGACAUUGCCAAACGGUGUCAUAUUUGUGCCCAGGUGAAUCCAGGCCCCCCGGUAGCGGCACCCCCAGGACACCGAUUCCGGGGGUUGAGCCCAGGAGAACAUUGGGAAGUGGAUUUUUCUGAGCUACCCAUGGGACAAGGAGGAUAUCGGUAUCUCCUGGUUUUCAUGGACACCUUCUCCGGAUGGCCUGAGGCAUACCCAACCAGGACAGAGACAGCACAAGUGGUAGUUAAGAAACUCCUCUCUGAAAUUGUCCCAAGGUUUGGCCUACCACUAUAUAUCGGGUCCGACAAUGGCCCGGCGUUCAUCGCCAAAGUUAAUCAAACUCUAGUUAAGGCCCUUAGGGUAACUUGGAAGCUACAUUGUAUCUAUAGACCUCAGAGUUCUGGUCAGGUAAAAAGAAUGAAUCGGACUCUUCAGGAGACAUUGACAAAGCUAAAAUUAGAGACUGGCGAAAACUGGGUGAGCCUCCUUCCUUUUGCCCUACUCAGAGCUAGAUGUACUCCCUACAUAAAGGGGCUAACUCCUUAUGAAAUUAUGUUUGGCAGACCUCCCCCCCUCCUCCCCUGCUUACGAGAAGAGGAGCUUGCCCAGUUGUCUACCCAUAAUUUGCUUAAGUCCUUACAGGCACUCCAGAACUGUUCCACGUCAGUCCACCGGCUGGUGCAGGCAGUACAUAAAGAAGACCAGAAGCAGUCGCCCAUGGCUCAUCCCAUCUAUGUUCCAGGGGACCUGGUCUGGGUGAAGCGCCACGAUCCCGGUAGCCUCGAGCCCCGCUGGGACGGCCCGUUCCAGGUGAUCCUGAGCACCCCAACCGCAGUCAAGGUCGCAGGAAAGAGGCACUGGAUUCACCGUACCCAAAAAGGCUGA